GAAACAUUUUUGAGGGCACAGGCAUGACGUAAAGGAGGAAGUGCAACGGCAGCAUAGAGGGAAUCAGCAGCACGUCCCAUGUCAUUACCUGCCAUGUUUCCGUUCAUCAGGAACGUGCAGGACAAUCGUUGCCUGUGCAGUGCCUGCCUUUGUGCCUGAGGCGCUGCGGGGUCAGUAUAAAAGCCAGCCCAACGGGUCACUCUCUCAAGCUCUUCUGCCACCAGCCUCCUCUUGGGAACCAGGUGAAGCUGCAGCCCCGAGCCAUGUCCUGCCCUGAGAAGUGCCAGACGUGCGAGCCCUGCCAGCCCUGCCGGCCCUGCCAGCCCUGCGGCCCGACCCCGCUGGCCAACAGCUGCAAUGAGUGCUGUGUCAGGCAGUGCCAGAGCUCCACCGUCGUCAUUGAGCCUUCCCCCGUGGUGGUGACCCUGCCCGGCCCCAUCCUCAGCUCCUCCCCUCAGAACACCGUUGUGGGCUCCUCCACCUCCGCUGCCGUUGGCAGCAUCCUCAGCUGUGAGGGAGUGCCCAUCAACUCCGGGGGCUUCGACCUCUCCUGCAUCACCAACCGCUACUGCGGCACCAGGUGCAGACCCUGCUAAAGCCACCGGUGCCAGCCCAGCCAAGGAGCCCCGCGACCCCAGCAGAUGACGCCCGCCUGAACGACGGAGACUGCGGCCGUGCCUUGGAGAGGGGCUGAGCGUGCCCCCCUCCUCCUGCAAAGGGAGUCAGCCCCGGGCAAGGGGCCAGCCUGGGUUCCCUGCAAACAUGGCCACUGCCUCGCAUUCCCUUCCUCCACUCUGUGCUUUCCCUCCUUUGCCUUUCUCGCUUUCUGCUCCCU